AUGCCGGAGGCACAAAUAUACGAUACGCUUGGAGAAAAUGACAUUCAUACCCCUACGGCAGGAAACGAAGCAACAAAUGAUUUAUUAGGCUUACUUCUAGAAAAGAUGGAAACAUGGGUACAACUUGUGGAAAGGAGUCCAGGAGAUUCUCAUGUAGCAGGCGAAGGUGAUCAGAAUAUACUAAACUGGAUAGAAAUACACCAGCAGGAGAUUUGGAAAAAAAUUGUGAAGGGUACUCCAAAAACUGAUGAGAUAGAUUCGGAAAGCAAGGAAAGAAGAGAUGAAGGGAUGGGGCUAGAGCAGGAUGAAAAGACAAUUAGGAAGGCAAGACUGGAAACCAAAAUCGAAGAAAUAGAACUGGAGAUAGUGGAAGUGAAACUUAAAAAGGAAGCAUUGCAAGAAAUAAAGAAGAGAGUCGAAACGCUGAAAGAGUCCUGGGAGAGAGCCAUUAAAUCUGCUAAGAACUCAAGAGGUCCAGCGGACUAUAAGCUUCAAUAUGUAGAUUGA